GAUUUCUGAAGAACAAAAUCAAGAUGUAUCAAUUCCAAGGUUACAAAGAAUGAAAUUACUAACCUUUUGUGGUUCUUGGUAUCCUAAGCCCACAAAAGUCAUGUUAACCCAGCCCAAAACAGAAGUCUUUUUUUUUUUUUUUUUUUUUUUUUUUUUUUUUUUACAAUAACCCUGUAAAACUGUAAUAGCAUAAGCUUGCUUUUAACAGUAGUAGACGAAUACACACCAGUCACGGAGUUGCUUGACUACCUGCUUGAAUUGCGUCUCCCGUUUCCGUCCCUAACCUCUUCAGGAAACAUCCUCCGGUGAGACGUACGAUUAUGUGAUUAUGUUAUGUAUGUGCCGGGGUAAGCCCGAUGCCGGGGUGAGCCCGAUGCCCGAUGUGGUCGGAUGUCGGGGUGAGCCCGAUGUCGGAUAGGAGUCCAAUGACGGGAUUCGUCCCGAUGCAGUGGGAGUAGUCCCAGAGCUAUGUUGUUUGUUAUAUGUGCUUUCUAUGGUACUUCAACUAGUAAAGGGAAGGGCUCGAGCUGAUGGCAUGACACACACCACAGUUGAUUAGCCUGGGAGUUUACUCUGAUAUUUGUUAUGAGCCUGUUGUAUGUUUAUCAGAUUUUAUGAGUUUUCGAGAUACAUGUUUUAUGAUUUUACAAUAUGGCAAUGAGAUCUAUGUUUGAUAAAUGAUUUUGAAAACGAAAUUUUUGGCUUGUAUUUUUGGGGUGUUUCAUAAAAAGACUAUAUUGCCCUUCUUCGUUUAUUAAAAAUUAAAAAAUACUAUAUAUUAAUAGAUAACAUAGGUCUCACCCCAAAACACCCAUGCCCACCAUUCUCACAAUUUCACCCGUGUCCACCAUUCUCGUCAUUGUCACCACCCUCCGGUUGCCUUCUCUGGUGAAACGUCUGGCAUCCCACAACCAUUGUUCUUCAACAAAUCCCGCAUAUAAAAACUAAACCUAACCAUUUAAAUCAAAAUCGAAAUUCAUAGAAUCUUGAGAACUUGCAAAAACCAACUGCAUCAACAAAAGAAAAAAACAAAGAGAAAAUUACACGGUUGGUCCCUAUGGUUUGCUCUUACUUGUACGCUUCGUCCCGGGAAAGAAUUUUUAACUCGGAUAAUCCCUAUAACUUUAUUUCGUUACCCGCCUAGUCCCUUAGUUAACUUUCCGUCUUAUUUGGGAUUAGGAACUACUCACGUGAGUGGCACGCUGGGGGCAUUUUUGUCCUUUCAACCCUACAAUAUAUUAGCGCCAUUUAGAAUACAGACGGAUGGUUUUACGAUUCCGAUCAUCGUCAAACCAAAACACACACAAACACACACUUGUCAGACGAAUUCCCUUUCUUCUCUCAAACGAAAACCCUAGUCGCUAGCUAAAACUUUGUAUGCUUUUCCAAAUAAUCAACAAUGUCGGUUUGGAAUUUGAGUGAAGCACGAGGACGGAUGAUCAGUGAAGCAGAAGUUCGUCUUCAAUAUGGUAAGUCUGCCUAGUCCCUAAUCUCGUUUUUAUUUGCAUUUGCUUCAUGAAAUCCUACAACCCUAAUAAAAUGUUAAUCAAAAUUUUUGGGGCAUUUCCUUAAUAGGUGAUCAUCCGACCAUGUUUUGCAUGCUAUUAAACCAUGGUGGAAAGUGUACUGAUUUUCCUGGAAGGAAGUAUGUAAACGGAAAGAGACAUUACGUUGAGUUAAUAGACAUCGAGACUUUCUGUGUUCACGAUAUUGAUGACAUGAUGGUGAAACUUGGGUAUAUCGAUGAAAAUCUACAUGUGGAGAUGUACUAUCAUUUUCGAAGGCCACUGUGCGAUUUGGAUUUUGGCUUGUUUGCUUUAGCUUCAGAUGAUGAUGUAAGGCAUUUAGCAAAAUAUGUUGGCCAUCAUAAGCUAAUAGAGGUGUAUACAGAGCACGGGCAAACGAAAUUACACACAUACUCGAUGUCACCAAACCCAUCUAAGGUACGUAUAGUUGAGAUUGAUUGUACCCCAAAAAGAUUGUUUUUGGAAUGGCAUGAUACACAAGUUGAGCCUAAUGAUGUGUUGACAUUUGAGCCUAAUAGAAACAACCCUCCUGUUUCACCUACUAGAAAUGAGCCUUCAAUUGACAAAGUGGACAUGGUAAGUGAUAAUGCAAACAUCAUGGAAACUGAAAUUGAACAUAGUAGUGAUGAUAAUAGCAGUGGUGAUGAGAUCAACAGUGGUGAUGAUAGUGAGAGUCAAGAUGGUGACUUUCUUGUGGACGAAGACAAUAUCAUUGAUGAUGUUGAAGUUAACAUGAGAGAAUUCCACUUGAAUGUUAACCCAAAUGUUGAGUGGAUUGGAGGUGCUUCUAAAAGAAAGAAUCAUGUAGUUACAGAAGAUGGGAAUGAAGCAGACCUUGAAGUUAUAGAUAUGGAACUUUUCUUGUCCGACUCUUCAUCGGAUGAUGGGAUCGAAGGAGAAAGAAACAAAAAGAUUAAAGCUAUUAGAAGGGCGCAUGAGAACGAAAAUGCUCAAGUCAGUGAGCCUUUCUAUUUAUAUCAGAAAUUUAAUUCGUCAAAGGAGUUUAAAGAUAUGGUUAACCAACAUGCAAUAGAUACAAGAAGGGAGUUGGAUUUUGAGAAGAAUGAUAAAAACAGAGUAAGGGUUGUAUGCAGGGGAACCAUAACAAGCCUAGGUGGUGGGACCGGUCAAGAAGUAGUCAAUGAAGAAGGUAAGUGUCCUUGGGUUCUUUUAGCCAGUAAGUGGAAACGUGACAAGGAUUGGACAGUUAAAACAUAUGUUAGUGAACAUAAAUGUCUUCAAACAAGAAAGGUUAGGGCUUGUGAUUACAAGUUUCUUUCAAAGCAAAUUCUACAACUGGUGGAAGCAAACCCAAAAAUUCCAGUCAAGGCUUUAAGGGAACAACUUCAACGUAUCUACAAAGUAGAUAUUUCUAAGAUGAAAGCCUUUAGGGCAAAAGAAGCAGCCUUAAAAAUUAUCAGGGGUGAUUAUGCCACUCAGUACAAGAUCUUACAAGAUUAUUUGUUAGAAGUGCAGACUCAAAACCCAGACACCACUAUCAAGCUUGAUGUCGAAAGUGAACCAAAUCCUGAUGUUGAGACAAGAACCUUCAGACGCGUGUACGUGUGCCUUGGUGCUUUGAAGCAAGGAUUUGCAGCAGGGAAGAGGGAUUUUCUUGGGGUAGACGGGGCUUUCAUGAAAGGACCUUUCCAUGGUCAAAUUUUACCUGUUGUGGUACAUUUUCUCUUAUGUUGUGGUUGAACCAUAUAUUUUGAUUUAUUUUUUACUUUUAUUUAUUGGAUUGUAUUGCACAGGCUUUAGAUGGGAAUAAUGGAAUAUAUCCUUUAGCAUAUGUUGUGGUUGAAGCUGAGACACUGAACUCUUGGACAUGGUUUUUAAAUCACUUGGGUGAUGACCUAGGGUUGGCUUCAAAUUCAAAUUUUACAUUUAUAUCAG